CUUUAUAAGCGCCGGGGAUCUACAGUCUCCAUCAGUGUGUGGAGGGCGCAGCAGCUCCGUGGUUGUUUUUAUUUCCCCUCAGUCCGUGUGUCGCUUAUGAGGGUCCGGUGAAGCUCUCGUUUCAAGCGCGGUGGAGCCGGGGAAGAGGAGCCAGGAGCAUGGCGGCCUCGGCGUCGGAGAAAAGCAGUAGCAACAACAGCAACAAGAAGAAGACGGAGAAGAAGCUCGCCGCCCGGGAAGAGGCGAAGUUGUUGGCCAGCUUCAUGGGCGUCAUGAAUAACAUGAGGAAGCAAAAAACACUCUGUGAUGUCAUUCUCAUGGUCCAGGAAAGAAAAAUUCCAGCUCAUCGUGUUGUCCUUGCUUCAGCCAGUCACUUCUUCAACUUAAUGUUUACUACAAAUAUGAUUGAAUCAAAGUCAUUUGAAGUGGAAUUAAAAGAUGCUGAGCCAGAUAUUAUUGAGCAGCUUGUGGAGUUUGCUUAUACUGCAAGAAUUUCUGUGAACAGCAACAAUGUCCAGUCAUUGUUAGAUGCAGCAAAUCAAUAUCAAAUUGAACCUGUAAAAAAAAUGUGCGUGGACUUCUUAAAAGAGCAAGUUGAUGCUUCAAAUUGUCUUGGUAUAAGUGUAUUAGCAGAAUGUCUUGACUGUCCAGAACUUAAGGCUACUGCAGAUGAUUUUAUCCAUCAACACUUCACUGAAGUUUACAAGACAGAUGAAUUUCUGCAGCUAGAUGUUAAACGUGUGACGCAUCUCCUGAACCAAGAUACACUUACUGUAAGAGCAGAAGAUCAGGUUUAUGAUGCUGCUGUCAGAUGGUUGAAGUAUGAUGAACCAAACCGACAGCCAUACAUGGUUGACAUUCUAGCGAAAGUAAGGUUUCCUUUAAUUUCAAAGAAUUUCCUCAGUAAAACAGUACAGGCUGAGCCACUUAUCCAGGACAACCCAGAAUGCCUCAAAAUGGUUAUCAGUGGAAUGAGAUACCAUCUGCUUUCUCCGGAGGACAGAGAAGAAUUAGUGGAUGGCACUCGCCCACGAAGAAAAAAACAUGAUUAUCGCAUUGCCUUGUUUGGAGGAUCACAGCCACAAUCAUGUCGAUAUUUUAAUCCAAAGGAUUACAGCUGGACAGACAUCCGAUGUCCCUUUGAAAAGCGAAGGGAUGCAGCCUGUGUCUUCUGGGAUAAUGUAGUUUAUAUUUUGGGUGGUUCUCAGCUCUUUCCUAUAAAACGAAUGGACUGCUACAAUGUUGUGAAAGAUAGCUGGUACUCCAAACUGGGGCCUCCAACACCCCGUGAUAGUCUUGCAGCUUGUGCAGCAGAGGGUAAAAUUUAUACCUCUGGUGGUUCAGAAGUAGGAAAUUCUGCUUUAUACCUGUUUGAAUGCUACGAUACAAGAACAGAAAGCUGGCACACAAAGCCCAGCAUGUUGACUCAGCGGUGCAGUCAUGGAAUGGUAGAAGCGAAUGGUCUGAUAUAUGUAUGUGGAGGAAGUUUAGGAAACAAUGUUUCUGGAAGAGUCUUGAGCUCCUGUGAAGUUUAUGAUCCAGCAACAGAAACGUGGACAGAGCUAUGUCCAAUGCUUGAAGCACGAAAAAAUCAUGGACUGGUGUUUGUGAAAGACAAAAUAUUUGCUGUGGGUGGACAAAAUGGUUUAGGUGGUUUAGACAACGUAGAAUAUUAUGAUAUUAAAGUGAACGAGUGGAAGAUGGUCUCCCCCAUGCCAUGGAAAGGUGUAACUGUAAAAUGUGCUGCAGUAGGUUCUAUAAUUUAUGUCUUGGCUGGUUUUCAGGGUGUAGGGCGCCUGGGCCACAUUCUUGAAUAUAAUACUGAAACUGAUAAAUGGAUAGCCAACUCCAAAGUCCGUGCUUUCCCAGUGACUAGCUGCUUAAUUUGUGUUGUUGAUACUUGUGGAGCAAAUGAGGAAACAUUAGAAACUUGAGGACUUCAAGAAAAUCAUACGGUGCUCCUGAAAAAAUAGUUUCCUACUUAUGAUGCUUUUACAUUUUAGUUUCAGUUUGUUAUAUUAUGGAAAAUUUGGAAUGCAGUCCUGUCCAUUUUUAUCUCCAAAACAUAAUGUGGAUUUGCUUGUGCAAGUUUUAUUUUCACUUUUCUUCCUAACAAUUGGAAGUAUUUCAAGAAUCUGCAAACCAAGACUGAAGAAAAACAAUCUAAGAUGCACUUGUGCACUUCUUUCACAAACAAAACUUGCCUGAAGUACAUUGUGGAACAUUUCAAGAAUUUUUAAAAGUAUAUUACCUGCAUUUUUCUAGUUAAAAUACUGAAAUUUUUCAAGUAGUAAGAUGAGUUGAAACUUGUGGUGUAUAUGUGCUCAAACAGCUGUUCUGCAGAGAAUGUACUGUAUUACUGCCAUACAGCUUCAUCACAAGAUAGGAGUUCUGCAACUUCAAGGUCCAGUUAUUCAAGAAGUACUUGAAUGAACAUCAUCCUUUUCGAGUUCCUUCUAUUUAUACUGAGCUUACAGGGUAUAUCUCUACGCAAGCAUCUGUUUCUCUUAGGUGGUAUUUUAUUGCACAACUAGAAUGGUGCCUAGCAAUAGGCACACAAUCGGAGAUUUUAAAUUGUAUAUGUGCAAAACCAUAUGCCCUAUGUUAUUUCCACUAUAGCCUUUCAACCUUAUACAAGGAAUAUAGUUCUUCUUCCAUAGUGCUCCUUUUCUUAAAAUAUUCACUUAUAAAAAUGUUACAUCUCUCUCUGUCCCCAUGGGAGUAUUGUGGAGUUUAAGAAUAAAUAUGCUCUUGCUUUGGAUGCAUAUUAGAAGGCAGCUGCUAAUUUCUGGGAGAAGUAAAUGUAAUCAGGGAAACGCUACAAUGGAAGCUACACUUAGCUAGACAGGCCUUGUUCCUGGGGAAAACAAAUUUUUGCUUCUAAUUGUAGUGCAUUUAUUUUUUCAGAUAAAUAAAUGCGAAUCACACUUAUUUUGUUCUCCUGCUUCAGUUUUCUUUCUUGGAUGCAGUCCAGGCUAGACAUGCUAUAAUGCAGAAAGUGGUUUGUGU